CAAUGCUGUUGAAACAUUGAACAUUUAAGAUUUGGACGAAGAUGUUUUAUUCAAUAUUAUUAUUAUUUUACGUUUAUCUGGUUAAUUUUUCAAGUGUAAUUUGUAUUUUUUUCUCUCGUUUGUUCAAUUUCUUGUAUUUCACUUACAUUGUCAUUUCAGCAAAGAAAAUUAGGUUGAUUAUUAGCUUGUUACCCAGCCAGCUAAGUAACUCAUUAGCUAGUUUGCUAGAUGGUCGGACAGAUAGCUGCGUAACUUUGUAGCGUGUGAAAAAAACUGUGUAAACGUCCUCUUAGUUGAACAUAAUAACACAUAAUAAUGUUCUUCUUGUUUGGAGUGUUUUGACAGUUGUCACAUGGUGGUUGGUAAUUCUCCUAACCAUUUAGACUGCAGGCAAGGGCGGGCCUACCCCUGAGCAUUCCACAUGAUCCGGUUUAGUCAUUCAACAGACAUUUUGUGUUUGUUAUUCAUAUUCACAGGCAUUGAAUGCAGACAUGGAGCUGGGAUCCACUGUGUCGGCGGUGAAGAGCACCAGAGUGCUUCUGGGGAACCAACAAGUCGGGUCUGCCGUCAUCCUCAUACGGGAUGGGAAAAUCCAUCAAGUGCUUUCCGCUGAGGGAUUUACAGGGGACGUGGAGCCUUGUUUGCAGGUGUUGGAUGCAGGCGAUAGCGUAGUGAUGCCGGGAAUCGUGGACUGUCACGUUCACGUCAACGAGCCCGGACGCACCUCCUGGGAAGGAUUUUGGACGGCCACCAGGGCGGCGGCAGCAGGAGGAGUCACCACCAUCGUGGACAUGCCCCUAAAUAGCAUCCCGCCAACCACCACGCUGGCUAAUUUCCAGGAGAAGUUGCGCGAGGCUACGGGUAAAUGCUUCGUGGACACCGCCUUUUGGGGUGGUGUGAUUCCCGGCAAUCAGCUAGAACUUCAGCCCAUGAUCCAGGCCGGAGUGGCUGGCUUCAAGUGCUUCUUGAUCCACAGCGGCGUGGAUGAGUUCCCUCACGUGACCCAUGGAGACCUUCAGGCUGCCAUGGAGCAGCUGAGAGGAACAGGAAGUGUCCUACUGUUUCAUGCUGAGAAGGAAGUUGAACAGACCAGUGAGAGCAAUGGCGAUCCUCAACAAUAUGACACCUUCCUGCAGUCUAGACCUGACAUCAUGGAAGUGGAGGCUAUCCGCAGUGUGGUACAGCUCUGCACCGAGUACCAGGUGCGCUGCCAUGUAGUCCACUUGUCUUCAGCUCAGGCGCUGCCUCUCAUCCAAGAGGCCAAAAAGGGCGGGGCCGCCCUGACGGUGGAGACCACCCACCACUAUCUGAACCUAAGUGCAGAGGGCGUACCAGCGGGGGCCACGCAGUUCAAGUGUUGCCCACCCAUCCGAUCAGCUCACAACCAGGAUCAGUUGUGGGCGGCGCUGAAGGAGGGCCACAUUGACAUGGUGGUGUCGGACCACUCCCCCUGCACGCCUGACCUUAAGAAACUGGACCUUGGAGAUUUUACUCAAGCCUGGGGAGGGAUUUCCUCUCUCCAGUUUGGCUUGCCUCUGUUCUGGAGCGCAGCCAGUCAGAAGGGCUUUCAGUUUGGGGACGCGGUACGCCUCCUGUGCAAAAACACGGCCCAGCUCUGUGGCCUCGGCCAGCAGAAGGGCAGCCUGGCACCGGGUUACGACGCUGACCUGGUCAUCUGGGACCCUGAGAGAGAAUUUGAGAUUAAAGAAGAAGGCAUACAUCAUAAGAACAAGCUAACUCCGUACCUGGGGGUGCCUCUCCGAGGCGUGGUGAGGUCCACCAUCGUGAGGGGACAGCUGGUGUACCGCGACGGCUCCUUCAGCACAGAGCCCCUGGGGAAGACCCUUCUCACCCCGAGAACCAACCAGGAUGAUGCAUGAAGACAAGGACAUGAAACCAAGUAUUUUUAAAAUGUGAUUAUAGCCACAAGAAUAUAUAACCAGACAGUAGAAGCACUAUAUUAAAUGUAGUUACUUCUGACAUUCAUGUUCUGGCUGUCAUGAGAUGGUGAGAGUCCAAGUUAGAAUAUGCUACUUUUUAACCUUUCAAAGAUAAAAGUAUUAACAUAAAUAUAUGAUGGAAUAUGUACUCAUUU